AUGCAGUUCACUGACGCAGAAGCCGACCGGCUGAAGAACUGGGUUGUCAAGAAGUUGGAGGACAUCUCCGAUGCAGACUCCGAUGUUCUCGCAGACUAUGUGCUGGCACUUAUCAGGUCCGACGCGCCAGAUGAUGAGAUCCGAAAAGUUUCGAUAGAUAACCUCGAAGACUUUCUCCGCGAACAUACCGCCCCAUUCGUGGAUGAGCUCUUUGCCAACUUUGGCCCGAACUCAGCUCCCGCGCCAGCACCAGCCCAGCAAGCUCCUCAAGCUCAAGCUAUCCCGCAACCCGUUCCCACGGCCUUGUCCCAGCAGCCAUUCGGUGCACCCACCGGCGCUCCCACUGGUCCGAGAGGCGAUUUCAACAGUCGCAAGCGGUCAUUCAACGAGGGAUUCCAAGGCGAGCCAGAGCGCGAUGGUGGGAAUAUGCAGAAUCGUGCUAUGAAAACUCCGCGUCGCGGCCGUGGCGGUGCUCGUGGUGACUGGAUGGGCAUGGGCAGAGGUGGUCAUAUGCAAGGCCCCGGGCAGCAGUUCCAACAAGGUCAGCCUGGCGGAUUCCCUAUGAUGCCUGGGUUCCCACCAUUCGACCCGAAUGACCCCAUGGCAGCCAUGAUGGCUAUGCAGGGUAUGGGUUUCCCCCAGAUGCCCGGCAUGCCGCCUAUGCCAGGAAUACCUGUAGGUCCAGGCCAGCCCGGCGCCGAAGAGAUGGCCAACCAGCCCUGCCCAUUGUAUGAGAAUCAGGGUAUCUGCUAUCUGGGUGCUGCUUGCCCUUACAAGCAUGGGGGACCCGAGUCCUCCAAUAACAACGAAUAUGAUCCGAGAUCUUCGACCAUGAUGCCCGACUCACAAAGAGAUGGCUCUAUGCGUGGCAAUGAUCGGGGACGUGGCCGUGGCCGUGGUGCCUUCGGCGGACGAGGACGCGGCCGGUCCGAUUUCUCGUCUGCAGGACCAAACGAGGACCGAUCUAUCACCACAAUUGUCGUGGAACAAAUUCCGGACGACAAGUUCUCCGAGGAGGCAGUGCGCGAGUUCUUCUCUCAAUUUGGCAACAUCGCAGAGGUUACAUUGCAAUCAUACAAAAAGAUUGCCUUGGUCAAGUUUGAAAGCUUUGCCGAGGCCAAGCAGGCCUGGUCCAGUCCGAAGGUGAUCUUUGACAACCGGUUUGUAAAGGUCUACUGGCAUAAACCCAAGCGCGACGAGAGGAACGACGAGAACAGGCCCGAGGAGCCCGCAUUCAACCAAGAGGAGUUUGAGAAGCAACAGCAGGAAGCCCAAAAAUCACACGAGGAGCGAAUGAAGAAGCGCCAAGAAGCCGAAGAAGCUAAGCAAGCUCUCGAGCGCCAGCGUGACGAACUCAUGAAAAAGCAGCAGGAAGAAAAAGCACGCCUUCUCCAGCGAUUGGGCGUUGCGCCGAGUAACGGCACUGAAGGUGCAGAGGAAGAUUCCAGCAUGCAGGUCGAGGACGAGAAUGUGAGCGAUGAGACUAAGAAGCUCCGCGCACAAUUAGCCGCUCUCGAGGCUGAAGCGAAGACUCUCGGUCUUGACGCCAAUGCCGACGCUUCAUUCGGCCGUGGCGGUUAUCGUGGCCGUGGGGGCUUCCGUGCCCGAGGUGGGUACCGUGGACGUGGAACCUACGAUCCUUCAUUCCGAGGCGGAUAUCGUGGCCGAGGUGGAUUUGCUCCCCGCGGCCGUGGAGGUGUAUUACGCUUAGACAACCGACCUCGGCGAGUUGCUGUAUCGGGCGUGUCACUGCAUUCGGAGAAGGAUGAAGCCCUGCGUCAGCACCUGAUGGGUGUUGGUGAUUACGAGUCUAUCGAGUCAAACCCCGGCCAAUCCGAUUCUGUUGUCGUGGCAUUCAAAGAGCGAUACCAAGCCGAGAAAUUCAUGUUCAGUCCCUGGUCUCUCACCUCCUCGGGCGAGGCCCAACUUUCAUGGCUUCCGAACUUGCCCGUCGCCACACCUAUCCCAUCAACAGAGUCAAAGAAUGGUGGCGGCGAUGACGAGCAAGACGUGAUGAUGGAUUCGACUCCGACAGUGAGCGCACCGCCACCACCUCGCAAAGAGAAUAAUGAGAUGGAUUAUGACGUGGCGGAGGACGAAAGCUGGUAA